AUGGCCGCCCAGUCAGACACGAAGGGCAUCCUCAAGCAGCUCAAGGCCCAGCAGCAGCAACAGCUGUCUCGUCUGCAGGCUAAGGCAGAUGCUGAGGUCGAGCUGCUCGAGGUUGUCGGCGCGUAUUUCAAGAGACGAGCAGAGAUCGAGGCUCAAUAUGCAACUAGCCUGGAAAAGCUCGGAAAGCAGUACCAAACCAAAAAGUUCAAGCGCAGUACGGCGUCUGGCACGCCGAACCAGACACCGCUUAGUGGGGACUCUGCUGUAGGAGCGAUCUAUGUCGCCUUCUCGACAGUGUUAUUGGAAUCGGAGAAGCAGGCGAGGAAACGCGGGCAGAUUGGUGACCAGCUGAAUGCCGAGAUUGCGGACUUUUUGAAGGAUUUCACGAAGAGUCAGGGCGGCGGGGCGAAGCGGAAUCUGGAUUUUGGUAGCAGAUACCAGCAAGAGUUAUGGGCGACCUACGACGAUCUGGAAAAGACAAAGCAGGCUUAUGAGAAAGCCGCAAAAGAAACGGACGCCGCGCAUCGCAAAUACGACGAGAUUUCGCGGAAGCCGGGAUCGGGGCUGAGCGCUAUCAAAAACUUGGUCACCGGGACGGAUUCGGAAGAAAGGGUGUCGAAGCAAAGGAGCAAGUGGAAGUCGUUGAGCAGGAAGCUCAAUGAUGCUCGGAAUGAGUAUCUGCUCGCAUUGCAAGCUGUGAAUUCGAUCCAACAAACUUACUAUAAAGAGGAACUACCGCAACUCAUGCAGAACCUCGACGGAAGCUUCUACAGCGCCUACCCCUCCGCCCUGGACAAAUACACAAACAUGGAAAGCGAAUUCACAGCGGUGUUGAACAGCGCCGUCGAGACAUUGCGCGAGACGGUCAAAGGGAUGGAGCGCGGGAAAGAGUCGGAAGCGUUCAUGCGGGAACAUCAGGGCGUGUUUCAGGAUCCGAGCACGUUCUACUUCGAAUCGCAUGCUGGUGACGAUGUCACCGAAAUCAUUGUCGACGAUGUGACCAAAGUAGCCCUGGGCCACCGCCUAGGCCGGCUGAAAGUCCAGGAGAGCCAGGUGAUCAGCGACAUUGGACAGCGGGAACGCGAACUCGGCGGCGUGGCUCAAAUGGCGGACGUCUAUGCACAGACUCCAUCCUUUGGGAAUGCCGCGUCACCGCUGGAGCAACGACAGGAGAUCGAGAAUUCUUUGAGGCUUUUGACGGCGCUCAAGGCGAGGACGAGCGCACAAGUGCAGGUUCUUCAAGAAAAAGGAGUGCAACCCAUAAUGCCUGCCCUUCCCACCGCCGCCACCCCUGGCAGCGCAGGAGCCCACCACCCCUCCCACCUCGACAAACCGACCGCCCACGCCGUCUACGACUACGACGCUAAAGGCGACGGGGAAAUAUCCCUCCGUAGCGGCGACGAGCUCGUGGUUCUGGUCCCGGAGAAGGAUGGGUGGAUUAAAGUGCGCAAUGUGGCGGGUGGGGCGAGUGGGCUUGUGCCGGCGACUUAUAUCAAGGAGAUUGUGGGUGGUGGAAGUGGGGCUGCGGGUGCGGGAGGUGUGGUUGUGAAUCAGGCGGCGGCGGCGAUGUCGAAACGGGCAUCGGUGAUUACGACGGCGGGGGGUGGGGGUGGGGCUCGACAAGUGAAAGCGAUCUACGACUUUACAGCCACCGACGAAGGCGAACUAACCUUCAAAGCCGGCGACAUUAUCGACGUUCUCGACACGGGCAACGAUUUCAGCGACGAGGCUUGGUGGGAGGGGCGGUUACCGCGUACCAACCAAUCCGGCCAGUUCCCCAUUGUGUUCACGCAGGGGUGGCAGGCGCUGCAGGGGUUGGAUAAUGGGUUUGGUGGCGGUGCGUUGCCGAGUCUUGGAAGGCCUGCGGGCGUGGAGAGUGUGGCCCAGGCGGCGGCGAGUAGGAGGGAAAGUAUGAUGAGUAGGAGGACGAGUGCUCUGCCGGCUAAGAGUGCGGGUGUCAGCGCGAGUUCGGCUGCCAGUGCGGGUGUGAGAGUACGAGCCCUCUUCGCCUACCAAAGCACCUGCGACGGCGAGCUCUCCAUGGAAAUCGGCGACGUCAUCUCCGUCGUUUCCAAAAACACGGGGAGCGAUGCGUGGUGGGAGGGCGAGAGUUCGCGGGGGAAGGGCCAGUUCCCGGUGAAUUAUGUCGAGCAGAUUGAGGAUAAUGCGAGGCCUCUUUCGGGUUUAGCAUCCCACCGUGCCUCAAUCGUUCCCGCCGCCGCCGUCGCUGCUACGCCUCAAGUGAAAGCGCUGUACGACUACACAGCCGGCGCACCGGACGAGAUCAGUUUCAAGGCAGGCGCGAUCAUUCGGUUGACUGAUUCUUCGGAUUCGGAUUGGUUCGUAGGAGAGUUGAAUGGGCAGACCGGCGCGUUUCCUGCUAAUUACGUGCAGCGGGUGUAA